AUACGGCGGGGUGGUCGCCUGUUCCCGGCCAAACGGCGACGACCCUCGUUCGUCGUCGCUCGCGCUCCCCGCGUGCGAUUUUGAGCAACCGCAAAAGAAGGAGCGUCGCGCCGCUUUUACCUGUUUUCCGCAGAACUUCUACCGCCUCGAGGGUGGAAUUAUUCAACAAUCGCGCGAGUAACUUCGGACGUGACGCGUUGACACACGCUUUUUCGCGAGAAUGAAUUAUUAUCAUGGUGAGCGUGGAGAUUAGCCGCGGCUUUUGGUGCACCUGUUGGCAGUAUGUUCGAAACAAUUACGGUAGCUCGUAGUAGCUGAUUACGAUUGUAACUCUACGUUGUUAUGGGACCGCUUUUAGGUGCGUUCGCCACGAUGACGCUGCGAAUCAUGGGACAGAGCUUCGAUACCUGAACAAAGAAACGUCGUGCUCGGUUUCUAUCACACGGAGUCAACAUCUUCGACAACAGGCAUACCUCGCGGGGAGAAAGAGGAAUGGUCCCUUGGGCCUUUGGCGUGCCUCUUAUCCUCGUUUCUGCUUUGGGUCUUAUUCUGAACGGUUACGUUCUACUCGUCGUCCUCGGACUGGGCAAACAGUCGCAGCAGCCGCAAACUGCCAAUACUUUGCUGCUAAUACACUUGGGCGCUGUGGAGGCGGCCGUGUGUUUGAUAUUACUGAUCUUUACUACUGGCUCCUGGCCUAUCGCUGGCACCUGGUGCGUUCUCCACGGUUUCUUACUGGCCCUUUUGCAUCCGGUCGCUCUGUGGACCGUCACCGGAUUAAACUGCGACAGAUACUACGCGAUCGCCGCGCCGUUGCACUACGCCGCAUUGGUUUCGCCACGACGCGUUGCGGUCGGCUUAGCUGCAUCGUGGACAGGGGCCCUGUUUUUGUGCAUCUUACCCUUCUGGGGCCUGGUCCCACCUUACAGAUACAGUCCGGGGCUGGGCUGCUGCGCGCCGGAUUUUGGGAACGACUCGUGGGGCUUGGCCGCGGCGCUUUACGGCGCGGUUUACGCGAUCCUGGGCCUGGCAUUGCCCGCGAUCCUCGUAACCGUGUGCAAUCUGCGUGUGCUCGGGAUCGCCCGUUAUCACCGUCAUCGCAUCGCGAGCGCAAUUUAUGAAGUCACCCUGAGCGCCCAGGCGACCAUCACCCAUCAACGAAACCCGUUCUUCGUGCCGACUGUCACCGCGUCCUCGGUCGUUAGUCCGCCACGGUUUCACAGCGCUGCCAGGACGGUAAUGCAACUGGUCGGUUCGUUGUACUUGCUUUACUUCCCGUAUUGCGGGCUGAUCCUCUGGCAAGUCUGCGACGUCGGCAUUCAGCCGCACCUCUACGAUCACCCGAAACUUGCUUCGGUGGCCUCGCUCCUGCUUGCUUGUUCGCCGCCUAUCAACGGCCUCCUUUACGGAUUGAAAUCGCAGACCCUCAGGCGAUCCGUCCAGAACUACUGGCGGAAAAAGGCGACCAAAUCGGAACUCCAACAAGAGAUCCAGGCGAGGACGCCGAGCGCCGCUGGAUCCCGGCGACCGUCCGGAAGCGGUACCGGAUCCUUCUUCCCUUUUCCGCCGUUGCAGCGAAGACUGAGCGAGGCGUUCCUUGCACUAGGCACCUGCAGAACCGGAAACAGCUUCGACGGCAAUAAUCUCGGAUUUAACCGCAACAGGCUGCAGCCGGCGGCGUCGUGCAACACGCUCAGAGUACCGACGUCCGAAUCAGGUGAAAGCAAAUUGGUGAGAUCGAGCGCCAGCGCGGCCAGCCUGAUGGGUCCGCAUUAUAGGAGCGAUUUUAUAAGCGGCGACGUGGCCACUGGAUGUUCCAUAGCAAUGAACGAGACCCCGAAGAGGAGCCCGAGGAUUCUUAUUACGAGGGCUUGCAGCGAGGAGAGCCAGGAUGGCGGGAGUCCGUUGCUGAGGAAACCUUAUCUGGUGAACGCCCUUCCGUGCGACAAGCGAAGGUGGCGACAUUGCAGCACUGGAAGCGACAGCAGUACAGGAAGCAGCGAGGCGAGCAUUUGGACCACUGGCGUCGCUCAGAAGCUGCAGGCGAAGGCGAGCGCAAAAUGCGGAACAGAUGUGUGGCCCGCGUCGAGGAGAUUCGCGCGGGGAAAAAAUUUGGAAGAAGGUCCGCUUCUGUUCAGCGUGAGGCCUAGCAAUAACAGUGAGAGCAGCGAUACCACAGACACCACAGCUACCACGACCACCACCACGAUGGCCAGCAAGCCGGCCGCGAUGGAGAACGGAGGCUACAGGGAAAAGGAGAAAGAAGAGGUGAACGGCGAUGGUAAGAAGGAACGCGAUCACAGCGAGAGUGAGAACAGUUGGAGCAGCGUGGACGAGAUCGAGCCGAAGGAAAUGGCGGACAAGUGCACUGAGGAUGAUAAUUUCGAGAAGAUCACGGAGGAGGAAGAAGAGGUAGGGCCGCAGAUGGAAAAGUGCAAGCAAUUAAGACGGAAAUCGAAAACGAUUCGCAAACCGGAAGUGGUUCAGGAUUGCAAAGAGAUCGCGCAACGCAGGCCCCUUCUCACCUCUCCGUCUUAAGUUUAAGUAAUCGAACAAACCACUUUACUCAUCGUUCUAAUUUAUUGCCAUUCCCUCCCUUUUCAUUUUUCUUUUUUGUUCUUAAGUUAUUCAUUCCCCAACAGGGGAAUCGUUACAACGUGCUCGAGGCACAAUCGCUCAAAAUAAUUUUUCAAUCGAGUCCGAACAUUUAGAGCGUCCAGAAGGUAUGUUAUUUUUUUAUGAACUAAACCGAGGUCAAUUCUUUUGACUUGUCGGCCAUGUUUAAUUCGGGAAGAGAAGAUUGACGCGCGUCCUUAUGCUCGAUAUUACUCGCGAUGUAUCGACAUAUCCUCCUGAAAUUAUAUUUUUAUACUUCCACUGAUACGCCACAGGAGAAACUAUGUUGCAGUUUCUAAUACACAAGCAUGGAUUCGAUAUCUCUGCGAGGUUGAACGCCCCGACGAACAGUUUAAAGACCAAUUUUUCAUAAUGGAUUCCAUCCCCAGUUACAAUUGCUUUAAUCUAAUUUUGGAACAGCUUAUCGCGGGCUUUCACGCAGUUUCGUUUUUAUUAAGAGUCAACCACCGCAAGUAUCGGGUCCACGGUUUCGUUUUAAAGAUUGCGACACCAGCACAAUCGAACGAAAAACUUGUUCUAUCGUAGAGAGUCCGAGGUAAGGACAGUUGAUUGGCCAAUUAUGUUUGUGCACGAGCGUCGCGCGACUCGUCGCAAUAAAGUUUCAUCGUCAGCUCGUAGAUUACUCGCGACGAAAGUUAUUCGUCGUCGUUCAGAGCCCCUAUCAUCAAAAAUUCGUGACUAAGUUCUUGUGACAAACCCGAGAAAGUUCUCGCCCAGUUGGAAAUUCGACAAAUCGAUGAAGAUCGGUGAAUUAUAGUUGAACGCACACAUGUAAUAAGACAACGUGAACGGAAUCAUAAUUAUACAUCCGCAUAAAAGAUUUGCGAUAACGAACAUUCAGUUUAGAAUUGAUGAAUGAUUCUUUAUUUUCGACUCACAAUACUCUACCUAAUGAAUCUCUCAUCUCUCAUCUUUCAACGACAGAACCAUAGCAAAUUAUCAUUAUGAGUUUUUCAUUGCAAGGUUUGACAGUUUGAAUAGUCACGAAAUUUAGGAAAAAGAAAUGCGGAGAUCGAUUAAUGUGGACGAUGAUUCGGGUUUAUUGAUGUAUGUAUAUCAUGAAAUCAAGUAAUGGUCGAUCCUCACAGAGCGGGCGAUGCGAUGCGAUGCGCUGCGUUUCCGUAUUUUUCGAGCCUUCGGCCGGGUCUACCAGCGUUACAGCAUGUACUAAAAGCAUGUAAAAGUAGGAGACUUCGGAGGGCCCCAGCGACAGUUAGCCGAGAAUGAGUAGCUCGAGGACCAAAAGUAGAGGUCAGACACCCCGUUGUUCACUUACACACAGACGAAAAGGUCGAUUUUAUGGCCUCUGCGAUGAAAUCCUCAGGAUUUAUUGGCAAGAGUACUUUCGGAAAAAACGCAUGUCUUUCUUUUCAUCUAUGUAAGUGAAACGCAUCGAACUUUUCGUCUGCGUAAGUGAACAGCGGGAGGUCUGACCCCUACUUUUGGUCCUCGAACUACCGAUUCUCGGCUAACUAACACUGGGGUCCUCCAAAGUUUCCGGCUUUAACAUGCUUAUAGCAUAUGCUGUAGGGUGUAGUCUACAGACUGGUAGACUCGGCCAAAUGCUCGAAAAAUCCGGAAACGCAGCGCAUCGCCCGCUGUGUAAGGAUCGACCAUAAAUUUGCAUUGAACGUCGUUGGGACUCGUCUUAUCAGUGAAGUUUGUACAGCCGUUCGUGAAUCGUGGCCAAUGUUUACUCAUGUUCACACACCAAACACGGUGUAAUCAUAAUUUAGGUGUAGCAACAGUCACCUAAAAGUUAAGUUAAACGAUGUUAAAUGUUGGUGGUUACUAUUUGGAAUUGAUGUUUUGAAUUUUGUAGACGAUGAAUGAAAGCGCGCGUGCUUGUGUGUGUAUAUAAAUGUGUAUAAUAGAUAUGUGUGUCGUUUCAAGUCUCGCGGACACUCGUCGAGUUCAAAUGUUUUAACUUUUAAGGAUCGUUGAAAAUGUGAAACGGAGAUAAUAUAUUGUUUUGUAAGACGUGAGCUAACAUUGUAAAGAAGAAUCAGAGAGAACGUUGUUAGAACGACGGUUCACUUGUAAACGAUGUCGACAAGAUCUGUAUCAGAUUCGCGUCCUGUUGUAAAACCUUUUUCUACGUGUACACGUUGGUACAAUUUUUGAUUACGAUUAUUGAGACUCAUGAAAGCGUUACGACGAAAAUGUAUGACGUCGAUUCUGCAAAUCAUUGUUCCGAGUAAAUAGUUUAACUCGGUUGUGUCGGUUUGAUCAUUAAUACGCACUGUCAUGGUGCUUGUUUACACUAGUCGCAGGAUUACGAUUAUAGUUAAUCUGCGUGCUGGGGCUAUUGCUUUCGGAUUCGUCAAUUAGAGCUUAAGGAGGCAAUCUCGUCUCGUUUGUCUCGUACAAGGGAACCGCACGCAGUAUUUUCUCAUUCCGGCGUUAAAGAACUUUGUCGGGUUCGCGCGUUCACGUCGAUGUUAAUGGUAUUAAGAUAUCGCGAUCUAAUUGAGUGUAUGUCGUUAGUCCAAAAUAAAAACAACAGAAUAUGUUCUAGCAA